AUGCCUCCUCGUGCAAAACUUGAAGAGCUCAUAGACGGGCCUAAAAACUUUAGAAGAGCAGAUGUUAUCAGAACAUUUGAAAAAAAAGGCAACGACCAAGAUCCUUGGUAUAUUGUUGUUGAUAAUAAAGUAUAUGACAUCAAGGAUUUUGUGUCUGACCAUCCCGGAGGGGCAGUGAUUUUGACUCAAAUCGGCAAAGAUUCAACUGAUGCGUUUUAUAAUUUUCACCCAAAUGAGGUUAUUGAAAUUUUGGCAAACUAUUAUGUCGGUGAUAUUGCUCAAGAAGAUAUUAUUACCUCAAAAGAAGGUUUUGCACAAGAAUUGCGAAAAUAUAAGGAAAUCUUUAAAAAAAAGAAUUACUUUAAGUCAUCAAAAUUAUAUUAUGCUCAAAAAGUAAUUCACAACAUCAUCAUUUGGGCGACUUCAGUUACAAUUUUGGCUAAAUUUGGGGAUAAUCUUUUCGGUGUUCUUCUAUCAGCUGCAAUAAUGGGCUUAUUCUGGCAACAAUGUGGUUGGCUAUCUCAUGAUUUUCUCCAUCAUCAAGUAUUUGAUAACAGAAAAUAUAAUGACUUGAUGGGUGAUUUUCUUGGCGGAAUUUGUCAAGGAUUUGAUCCAUCCUGGUGGAAAGAUAAGCAUAACACCCAUCAUGCAGAACCAAAUGUUCAUGGACAAGAUCCGGAUAUUAAUACGCAUCCAAUUUUGACUUGGUCAGAGCAUGCACUCCUUGAUAUAUUUGAUCCAGAAAUGGCUGAAAUAAAUGCUAAACUACUCCCACAGUGGAUUGUAAGAUUCAUGAUUAAAUAUCAAACUUUAAGUUAUUUCCCAAUUUUAUGCGUGGCAAGGGUCUCAUGGUGCAUACAAAGCAUUCUUUUUGUUCUUCCUAACGGACAAAAUGGAAAACCUGCAGAUGCUCGCAUGCCAAUUUCUUUGACGGAACAACUUUCACUUGGAAUACAUUAUAUUUGGUAUUUUUAUAUAUUAUCUUUUAUAAGCACUUGGAAUUUGGUUUUCAUAUUUUUCAUCACAUCGCAAGCAAUAUGUGGUUUAUUAUUGGCUUUGGUAUUUGCGUUGAAUCAUAAUGGUAUGAAGAUUCUCACGGAAGAGGAAGCCCAAGAAAUGGAUUUUUUUAUUAAACAAGUUAUUACUGGAAGAAAUGUAAUUGCUUCAAAUCCAGAAUUACAAUUUAUCGUAGAUUGGUUUUGUGGAGGAUUAAAUUAUCAAAUUGAACAUCAUAUCUUUCCUACUCUUCCGCGUCACGUCUUUCAUAAAGUCCAACCUAUUGUUCAAACAUUAUGCGAGAAAUAUGAAAUACCUUAUCAUAAAACUACAUUUAUGGAAGGCACAAAAGAAGUUUUCAAUCGAUUGGGGCAAGUUUCUGCUGCGUGUUGGAAAUUAGAUCGAAAAUUAACUUAA